UCCAUUUCCCCCCGCCCCAAGCUCAACCUCUCUGGUUCCAUUUUUCUUCUCAUAUAUAAACCCAUCACUAUCCAUUAGUUGGUUCUCAAUUUGUUCUUGGAUUUUGACCGGUAAGGUUGCGAAUUUGAAUGAUUGGAUCCGAAUUGAGGCGCAAGAAAGUUCCAAAUCUUCUUGAUUCAGCGAAGAGGCUUUUUUUUUCUUUUUUUUUUUCUUUUUUAUUGUUGGUUGCUCUAGCUUGGGUACUCGGAAGUUGACGUUGGGGAACAUGGCCAGUAAUGCAGCAGCCUGCGCAGAGAGGGCAACCAGUGAUAUGCUGAUUGGUCCAGACUGGGCCAUAAACAUUGAGCUAUGCGAUAUCAUUAACAUGGACCCUGGGCAAGCAAAGGAGGCAUUAAAGAUACUCAAGAAGAAGCUAACAAACAAAAAUCCCAAGAUUCAGAUUUUGGCUCUUUUUGCUCUGGAGACUGUCAGCAAAAAUUGUGGUGAGAAUGUGUUUCAGCAGAUUGUUGAGCGUGACAUCCUGCAUGACAUGGUUAAAAUAGUGAAGAAGAAGCCAGACUUGGGUGUGAGGGAGAAAAUACUAACUCUGAUAGAUACAUGGCAAGAAGCAUUUGGGGGACCAAGGGGAAGGUAUCCCCAGUGCUAUGCUGCUUAUAAUGAAUUAAAGAAUGCUGGAAUUGAUUUUCCACCAAGAGAAGAGAAUAGUGUUCCGUUUUUUACUCCACCUCAAACCCAGCCCAUUGUUCAUCAACCUGCUGCAGCUUUUGAGGAUGCUGCAAUUCAUGCCUCUCUUGAAUCUGAUGCUUCUGGGCUGAGCUUGCCAGAAAUUCGAAAUGCACAGGGGCUUGCAGAUGUGCUAAUGGAAAUGCUUGGUGCCCUGGACCCUAAAAAACCAGAGGGUGUAAAGCAAGAAGUGAUUGUUGACCUUGUUGACCAGUGCCGGUCAUAUCAAAAGCGUGUCAUGCUGCUUGUAAAUAGUACCGGAGAUGAGGAACUUUUAUGUCAGGGAUUGGCUUUGAAUGAUACUCUGCAGCGAGUGAUUAAACAGCAUGAUGAUAUUGCGAAUGGAACUGCUAAUAGAGAAACAACAGGAGCUGAAUCAUCAGCUCUUCCAAUUGUAACUAUCAACAAUGAGGAUGAUGAAUCAGAAGAUGAUUUUGCUCAGUUAGCUCGGAGAUCAUCUAGAGACAAUUCUCAAGGACAGAGCAGAAAACCAGCCAAUGGUAGUACUGAAUCGACCCGAGUUGGACCUCUUCUACCUCCUCCGCCAUCAUCAAAGAAGCCAGUUCUUGCAGGUAGCAGCAUGGUUGAUUACCUUAGUGGUGAUACUUACAAAUCAGAAGCUUCCGAAACUUCACGUACGGUUCCAGUUCACUCAACUGCAACUUCAAUCCCACCAUCUCCUUCACCCGUCUCCCAUGUGGAACACUCCAUCUCAUCACAACCUGUGUAUGAUGAACCAAAUCCCACGGCAUCAUGGGGCUUGCAGGAGCCCCAAAGCCCCUCCACCCUUCCACCUCCACCAUCGAAAUUCGGUCAGAGACAGCAAUUUUUUGACCAACAUGAGGCUCGCGGGUCGGGUUCCUCAUACGACAGCUUAGUUGGACAGACCCAGAACCUCUCUCUCAAUCCCCCAACUCCAACUAAACAGGAAAAGUCGGAAGAUGUGCUAUUCAAAGAUCUGGUUGAUUUCGCCAAAGCUCGGUCAUCUGGAUCGUCGAAUCCAAACCGGUCUUUCUGAACAUUUUAGUAAAGAUGAAUUCUAUGGUGUCGGUACAGAUUAUAAAGUUGUGUUUAGCCCAUCAGGUUUUGCAUCAGAUUGAAGAAUUAUCAAUAUUACCAAAUUAUCUUUUGGAAUAGGGAAGCCAGCGUUUGGGUUGUGUAUGUGUAUGUAUGCUGUUUCUGGGUUCAUGAGUCGAGCAAUUUAUUGCAUAUAUUUGCCUUUUAUAUAUAUAUAAUAUAUAAUGUUUAUAUU